CCUAACAAUACAAAAACUCCCUUCGUAUGUUUCUCAUUUCCACUCUCUCUCACACAGAACCCCAAACCAAAAGAAAUCUAAUUCCCAUUUCCUUUCCAUUUUCAUUUGCAUUCACGAAAAUGUCAUCUCAAGUAACCGAAAAUCACAGAGAAAACGCAGAGGUAUUCACUGACCCAGCGAUCUGCAAGCAGAAAUCUCUCGAACUUCUCGAGCAAAACAACAUGCCAAAAGGACUACUCCCAUUAGACGAUCUAAUCGAGGUGGGCCGGAAUCAUCAAACCGGGUUCGUAUGGCUGAAACAGAAGAAGGCAAAAGAACACCGGUUCAAGAAAAUCGGGAAACUCGUGUGGUACGACACUGAAGUCACGGCGUUUAUUGAAGAUCGCCGGAUGAAGAAACUCACCGGGGUUAAAAGUAAGGAGAUUUUGAUUUGGGUUACUAUUUCUUAUAUUUAUAUUCAGGACCCGGAGUUUCAGAAAAUUACUUUUGCUACCCCUACUGGAAUUUCUAAGGCUUUCCCGGUUUCUGCGUUUGAAGAGUGAGAAGAAGAGAAGGCACUGGUAGUGAUAUUUUGUGGGAUUAUUAAUAAAUGGAGUGCGUUGUGUUUGGUAUUUUAUUAUGGUUAAUAAUGUCCUUUUGUUUUUAAACUUAUGUAAUAUGGAAAAGAAAAUUGUGAAAUGGAAACUAUAUUUUCUCCUG